GGCUAAAGCAGCUCCAUCUGCUCGGGUUUGGGACCACAGUUGUCCUUUUCCUGGAGUGGUUUCCCUGAAUGUUAGCGAGCCCAUCCUGCCUGACCUAUCUGGCAUGAGAAGCUCUAUUGGAGGCAUUUGCACCGUCAGCAUAGCUCGCAAUCUCACAAGUGUGCGCGAGCUUCUCCCC